UUUAGGCGAUGGUGUGGACUGGAAAUUUCUUUCUUCUGCUCUGUUUUUUUGAGAACUCAAGCCCUGGAAAAUUUUCUUCAUGAUUUUGUAUUGAUUGCUUUGUAUUCUUGAUUUUUAGGUUGAUGCUAGACUCUCUCGAAACUAUGGCACUCGAGGUUUAUCAUGCAGGCGUGAACCCUAAUAAUGGAGGCGUGAACCCUAACAAUGGAUACUUUAAUGGUUGUUUAGUUUGUUCAAUGUAUCAAUAACCCAAAUCAACUGUGAUAAAACCUUAUUUAUGUUGGUUUCAGGUAACCAAUCAAUGUAGCCAAUUUAUAGCCUUGCAUAGCUUUGUCGGAUUGAUACACAGUUGAAUCGUUUGUUGGUUUUGUAUAUGGCGGUGACGUUGUAUCUGGAUAGAAGAAUGUUGUAUUGGCUAUAUGUCGUGUUACUUAUCCUGUAGUAUUAUGCAACUUAUGUGUUGUAUUCAAGGCUGGGAAGAACGAACAUGGAUGGAUGAUUCAAGGUGCUCGCAUUCAUUGGUUUACUUGCCCCGACUUAGGUUACCACAAAUAAAGUUUACGGCUCCUCUACUGUUUUUUUCUUUUACCUGGAAUAGAUUCAUUAUUGACCCCAUCAGUACCACCAACACUGCCACACCCAGUAAACCCUACAAGGAAAGUAGUAACACUGCCACACCCAGUAAACCCUACAAGGAAAGUAGUAACAACAACACAAGCACUGUCUAGAAUGUGGUCUAACUGUUAAUCUUAUAGGGUUUGUUAGUGUUUUGUGUUUUGGUUAUGUUGAUCCCAUCUAUUCUCUUCUUUUAGUGUUUUAUUGUAAUACGUCUGUACGGGUUAUUGUAAUACGUCCGUACCUGCAGCAUUUUAAGAAUUAUUAUGGAAAAUCAUGCCUCCGUAUACUCAAUACCAAGCUAACAAAGCACGAGGUAAGAUACAAUGAGGAUCUUACAGGUUUACCUAUGCCAAAUUACUGGGUUUCUGAUGAAGGAACUGUACCUGCAUAGGUUCUGUUACUUUUUUUCCUUUUAAAUCUCCAUUGCUAGGUUUGGGUUUGAAUAUGGAAUUAUUGAUUGUAAAUUUUGAUAUUUUAAUGCUACUACACAGUCAUGUAUUUUUCUCCGCCAUCCAGAUAUAUAGUCAUGGUUUAAGAGAGGAGGCAAAGAUCGCGCCUCAUUCUGAAUUCGAUCAAAUGGGGAUGCUUCAUAUGGUAAGGUUCAUGGAUUUUUCUUGAGCGACCAUACAUAUUAAUUUGUUUUCACAAUAUUUGGUUCCGCAAUUUUUUAUGGAGUUUAGGUGAAUGUUUAGAUAAGCAUUUCUAUAAACAUGUUGCAUAUUCAUGUUCAUUAAUCUUUUGUGUAAAUUAAUGCAUGGACCCAACGUUCGUGUAGAACUGUCAACUCUACAAGGUUUCAGAAAAAAAUAAUCUUAAUUAGUUAUUUCAUACGUUUUCCUUUCGUGAUAAAGAAGUAAAUUUAUAUGGUUCUUUAUGUGUUCUUAUUUUGCCUUUGUAUAAGUUCACAGCCCACUUUGAUUUCGAUCUUGAUACUAUUGAUGAAUUUUUAGAUUUUAGAGUGUUACAGAAAGAGAGUGAGAGAGAGGUUCAAAAUUACGCCGCCGUGAGUUCCGAAUGUUCAGGACUUCAAGUUCGUUUGUGUUGCUUCAUUUAUGAAGUAGUUGAGACGAACACUACAAAGAGGUAGUAUUCUUUACACCUGAAUUCUUAGAUUAAGUUUGUUUUUACCAACAUCUGAAAAUUAUGUUGUUAAUAAGGGUGUUAAUGAAUAGGGCCAACAGGUUAAUAAGUGAGUUUGUACAUUAUAUCACUUUCAAGAACCUUCUAUAUGUGUGGGUACUUCAAUCUAAAGUGAUGAUUUUGAUAAUUCUAAGCCAUGACUCCAAGUCUGAUCCAGACAAACCUAGAUAAAUCUCGGAGUCAUGGUUGUCGCUACAACUGCAAAGAGAACAACAAGUGCAAUGGAAACAAGAGGGGAGGUUCUCGGAUUUGGUAAAAGUGGCUAUAGCUGAAUUUUCCAAUUUACUAUCUGCACGAGUAGAAACAUGAAUUUGUACCUGAUAAUGUUCUUAGUAAAUUAUAAUAAAAUUCUAAACAUGAUAAAUGCUUUAUACUAUUCUAGGCUUCUAGCAUCUUGCAUUUGGUGUCUGGCAAGUUGGAAGGUGGGAAUCAGAUGUCAUUAUAUGUGAAUUUGAGUGACUUGCAAUAC